CCAGAGUGCCCUGGUUCCCCGGCCUCAACCUGAGGAGCUCGGAGCAGCCUGUGAGCUAGAACGAAGGAAGCCUGCGGGUGGGAGGCCACCUGGCCCCUACAUUCCAGGCAGGCCUGGUCCCCAGGCAGCUCUGGAGGGGGACCUCUAUGCCUCCAAGAGGGCGGGAGUGGGAGGUAACUGCUCCCUUCCAAUUGGAGUUAAACAGGCAAACUGGGCGUCCUCACCCACCUUCUCUCUCCCCAGGAUAUCACCCUCACACUGGUCCCAGUCUAUAAGGGGCCUCCCCUCCCCGAACCUGGGUGGGGACCCUGGCAUGGGAGGCUGAGUCAGGAAAUGGAGUGCACCCACUAUUCCUGUCCCCUGGAGUGGAAGGGAGAUUCCCAGGGCGUUGGGUCUCUGCCCAAACCCAGGGGGCGGACUCACUUUUUCUGGUCUCUGGCCCAGCAGUCCCAAGACACAGGCCCAGAAUGCCCCCUGAUACUGGCCCAGGCCCACGCGGGCACCUUGGCCGAAGCUCCCCGACAGGAGUGGGGGCAAGCCUUGGUUCCAGGGUCCACACAGAGCGUUCCCAGCGCCUGCCAACGCCCCCGCCUCCCCCGCGGCUCACCUGGCCUUCAGGCGGCCGAAGGCCGUCCCAGGCCUCAGAACGCUUCCUCUGCCUUGGCCUUGGGCCAGGCGGGGUGGGGCGCUGGUUACUGCGGCCCGACCUCCGCCGCGUGCCCCGAGGCCGACCGGUACGCGCGGGCCCUUUAAGGGCCGGGGGCGUGUAGCGGCCCGCCCCCUCCCCGCCGCGCCCGGCCGCCGGUUAAAGGGGCCGCGCCCUGGGCCCCCGCCGAGUGCGAGCCCGGGCGGAGGGCAGGGCAGGGCGUGCGUCCGGGCGAGCGCGCGGGCUGGCUGCCCGUCCGCACCAUGUACACCAUCACCAAGGGGCCCAGCAAGCUGGUCGCGCAGCGCCGCACAGGUCCCUCGCAGCAGCAGGUGGAGAGCAGGCUCGGCGAGCUCCUGAAAUGCCGGCAGCCCGCGCCGCCGACCCCAUCGCCCCCGCGGGCGCAGCCGCCGGGACCCUGGCCCCUGUCGAGUGGCCCUCUCAGCCAAGGAGGACCCCCGAGCGGCGGUGGGGCACCUGAGCCCAGGAAGGCGAGCAGGCCGGCGGGACCGCGAGUGCCUGGCGGAGUGGCACGUGCAGCCCAGGACUCCCGGCUCCCACCUCCUGCUGUAGACUUCGUGCCCAUUGACCUGGACGAGUGGUGGGCGCAGCAGUUCCUGGCCAGAAUCACUAACUGCUCCUAGCCACCUUGGAAGGAACCGCUCCCCUGCAGGGCCCAAAUGAGCCUCAUGGUGGACCCCUGCCAGGAGAGGACCACGGCGCCCUGAUGAACUGCUGAGGCGGACCAUGCUCCACCCUGAGCCCGGCCAGGCGCCGGCCACACCUGAAGUGCCAGCAUUUGGACUUUUGCACCUGCUGACCCCUUGGCCCGGCUGUCCCAUGCUGCCAGGGGCUGAAACUGUCUGACCUCAAUCCUGCUCACUGUGCCCGGGGACCAGCCCCUAGGGCUGGCAGGGAGGAGCUCCAGGCUAAUAAUAAAGUCGAGAAACUGCC